UACCUCCGAAUCGUCACCAUUCGUUCUUCGUACUGCAUGCCACGAUCCCCCAUCGUCUCGUACUCCCGUAGGUACGACACGAAACGAGACGGCGUGCUGGACUUGAUGGAGCUGAAGAAGAUGAUGCAGAGCCUGGGUGCCCCGCAGACGCAUCUGGCACUCAAGGAGAUGAUAGCCGAAGUGGACGAGGACCAAGACGGAAUGAUCUCCUAUCGUGAGGUCCGUUUCGUUUCGGGCCGCGAUUUUGCGUUCCUGCUGAUCUUCCGGAAGGCGGCGGCCGAUGAGUUGUCGGAGGAUUCCGGUCUGCAAGCCCUCGCCAAGCUCACCGAGGUCGACGUCCACAAGGUCGGCGUCGGAGGGGCCAAGAACUUCUUCGAGGCCAAGAUCCAAGAUCAGACCCUGUCGUCGAGAUUCGAGGCGGAGAUCAAGCAGGAGCAAGAGGAGCGGCGGUUGAAGAAGGAGCAGGCGAAACAGCGGAAGCAAGAUUUCUUGGAGAGGGCCAAGUUCUUCGAACAGGCUGCCACGACUUGAGAGGGAAGGGGUCGAAUGAGAACUGAAUAUAUUUGCAUCUCGUUGAUCUUCUCUAUUCCUGUAGCAUUUGUCUGUUGCUCUCUUAAAUCGACCAAGUCACGAAGUGUUUACAAAUUCUGUGAUAAAUCAGUCGAGGAACACUACGUAUGCAUGUAAUACAUUACUCGUGCGUGUCAUUUUAGUCAUCCAGGAUAUAUAUAGUACUUGGAUCGCUUUCGAGAAUUUCUGGAUGAGAGGCUUCGAUUCUGCGCCGAUUUUCACACUCCCAGCCGAAUUGAAGGACGAAAGGAGCAAAUAUUUCGCAUUCUUAUUGCCUUUCUGUAUUAUGACUUGCAUGGCUCCCGAUUCGUGUCAAACUUCUCUUUCGUAAAUUCGCAAAUUCAUGGAUCUAUGAGAUUGUCGAUCUGUCCAAAAGCGAGCAGAUCUUCUUCAUCUGUGAAGACAAAGUCCUUCUGACUGCAUUUUUUUACUUUUAACUCUCAAAUAAAUGCUUGGAUGCUUGAAAAUAUUUAAUACCACAGUCCACCUGAUUCCUCAACGAUGAAAUCCAUGAGAAAUCAUGGAACUUCUCACCACCGGUCAAAACAAGGAUAUUUCCACUGUAUGGGUUUGAGAGGAAAUGCGCUUCUUGUCGUAACUGGGGAUGGAUAUGAAGGCGUCAUGAUUCUCAAUCAUGUGCUGAUCGUUUGUGUCAUGAUGUGUGCCUUUUGGGAAUAAACUUCUAUUCAUAUAUGAUUAA